AUGGCGGGUACUCGUACAUAUACGGUUGCCCGGCCGACGGAGAUCACCAUCAGCGCGAGCUCCGACGACGACUCUAAUGACGAAGACUACUCCGACACCGCCGUUUCGCGCCGUCGUCGCGUUCGUCCGGUACAACAGACGCGUGUGACAGAGAUGAAUACCGAUAUUCCUGUGACUUCGCGACUUUUCGAGAUUGUAAUACUUCGUAAACAUGCCAAACUCUCCACGUGUCUUCAGCGGCUGCUGCUCACGUUGAGCUCAGCCGAACGCCAGCUUGCAAUCGCCGACAUUCUGAGCUUUAUCUGCGAGUGCGCCGGUUUCAAGCACUCGUCCAUUACCUCCGAGGUUGUGGAGGCUCAUGACGUUCCCGCUAAGGUUACCGGUAGGGGGGCCCGCAGGAAGUCGCAUGUUAACGGCAAAGAAUCUGACAAACGUCGUAAAGAACGCACUUCCAUUUUUAUGGAUAUUGCGUCUCCUGACGGAUUUGUGGAUAGUGAUGAUUCGGCGAGAGGUCUCAACGGAUCCCAUCAGACCAUUCUCGCCACCCCUGUGAGAACGCGGCGUAAUGCCCAGGCAGUUGGCGCUUCCCCGAUUUGUGACCCUGAUAACGCUAAAGCCGCUAGUAGUUCAACACACGACGCAAUGAACGGUACGGAUCCGUGCGAAACAGUCGGUUUUGACCAAGAAAAAGACCUGAAGUUGACAUACGACAACUUUAGUUGGUGGAGUUUCAGGAACAUGUUUGCAUCGCUGCCAACCGACGCGAAUUACUCGGAUAUUGUACAGCACUGCUCCACACCGUGCCAUUCGCCUGUUAGUGAGCCCGAUGGUCUCUUUUUCCCCAAGAUCAACGACCUGUUUUGCGACAGGCGUUCCACGUGCAUCUCAAGCAAGUUCUAUCAGCUCUGCGUGGAGCGCGUGGUGCCACUAACAACAGCUCUGGAAGCCCAGGAUGGUUGGACCAUUGGCUUCGGAAAACACAACGGGGCAUACAUGCUUUUUAAGGAGUUUUUCCAGCAGCUGGUUCUGGAGGCCGAGGCCGUAUCUGUGGGUGAGCUGCUGCACGCGUUGCAAUGGAUCUGCGCACUCAGCAUGAUAGGUUUCCGCGCCGUGCGCCAGUUCGCGGUAAUAGCGUGCAACGAUGUGGUAAGCAGCCUGCUCGUUAAGCUGAACUCGUUGGCAAAGAACGAGCGAGUCUUCGCCAGGCAGCUGCAGGUUGAGAUAGAGAUGGACCAGCGGACGCACGAACGUGUACACGGGCCGGACUCUCGUGUGACACUUACGGUCAGCAAGUCAAGUUUGGAACUCUACAAAAAGCUGCUGUUGGCGCAACGUGGUCAGAAGGCGAUUAUGAGCUUCCUCAAGUGCCUGUACAAUGUGAACUUCGCAUCAAAGCUGCAAGAUGUCCUGGUUGAUAUACGUGUCGCUGCUGCCUUCUCGAUUGGAAACCACGUGCUGCUGAAUCCCCAGAUUUUUUCGAGUCCUGCAUACGUCGAUUUUGCCUACAGGUUGCUCCCACUCACGGAUGACUGCACCAGGCUAUUGCUGCUUCGGUUCCUCUGUCUGGUUGAGCGCAGGUUAGGCGAAGAGGAGUUUGGAAUUUUGCUGGCGCUACACGAAUCGUGCGUGAACAACUGCCUGCCGGACAGCUGUGAGGCUAUCGAGGCGCUGCUGCUGCGCGACGUCCACUUCAAUUACGACCGCAGUGCGGUCUUCAGCCAUCGCAGCGAGAAGUUGUUCUUACGCCUUGUCGAGUCUCUAUCAAGGAACAAAAACUCCACGUUGGGGGUGCUCAUAGCCUCCGUAUUUUUGCCUUCCGUCCCCAUCCACGGUUUCACGUUGGUCUUCCAGGUCCGAACUGAUGGUCUCCGCUCCAAAUAUCGCAACAUGCUCAUACCUCAUCCCGCCGUUUUAGGGCGGCAAACCAAGCUCGUUAUAUCGGAUGAGUCCGCUUCAAAGGUACGCAACUUCUACCAGUGCUUCAUGGAGCUAUCACGUUUGGCGUCGUCCAUAGACGCCUCGGAGGCUUUUGUCACAAACCUCAUCAGCAGUCUCUGGAACCACAACCAUCUCUUCGAAGACGUUGCGGGAAUCGUUCGGUUCCUGUGUCAAGGGGGUGACGUGGCCAGUGUUAAGGCUCGCCUCGAUGGGAAUGGCCAGCAGCUGUUGCUGCACAUAACGCUUGCCAGCUUCGAACAUCUGCUGGCGGAUGCCACUGCCUUCACGGAGCAGCAAUUGGAAGUUGUUGGUACGGUGAUAUCGUACGCACCCGUUUUCUUGCGUCUCUACCGUGCAAGCACCUCGCAUAUGAAGACCGCUCUCCAGCUGCUCGAGCAGGCUACUUCCCUGUUGCAACGCACCGGAUUAUCGCUCGAUGUUUCACUCAUUAAAUCUUUGAGUGAUGUCGUUAAGUAUCUCGUGGACAACGAAAAUGGCUGCGAGCAUACGAUAGAUUCCUUACGACUUGCUGUGCGCUGUCUGUACAACGUGUACGGUCAAAGCGAGGAAGCCAAGUUACAUGUGUCCUCGCUGUACAGGAUGGUCUCCAAGCAUCUAUCGUCCGAAUCUGAAACAGGGAUGAACGUUCUACACUGUGCUAUGAACCUUUUGCACUACCUUCCGCUGGAGUUGGAUGUUCCUGAGCUUUUGAUUUCCCUCAUAAUGAAGAAUUUGCAGUCCCAAUCUGCCGACGAGCGUAUGAUAUGGUGCACGAUCGGAUAUGUCCUAUUCGAAGCUGAACUGUACAAAUGCGUGAAGACGUCUCAGCCGUCAGCCGACGGCGCUUUCGGAGAGCUGCGUGACAUGCUGCUGAAGUCGAUUGCCGCUGUGGCGCACAACUCCUGUUCGGACUUUACGAUGUUCGUGUGUUUCCACUCUAUGGCAUCCCUCGUGCAAAUAUCGGCGCUGGCAGGAGGUUUGGAAGAGGUGCCACACGAAGCGGAGCUCGAAAUGUAUAGGAUAUUCCUCCACUUUUUGCAACGGGUUAAGCCGUCGCACAUGCGAAAUUCCAUGGGGUCCCUUGAGGGCGCUGAGAAGGGGUACACGAUUGCUGACGUUUACGUCGCUGGAUAUUGCGAGUCGUAUUUCGUGAUGAACCCUUUGGAGUGCGUGCUUUCCAUGGUGGCGCUGUUCACAAAGGUGCUUUCAGCACGGUUGUACUGCAGCGGGCUAUCGGUGUUGGUUCUAUUACAGGCCAUUUCUUUGUGCCCACCCAUCGCGGCUGCGUCGGGGGUAUAUCUGCGGUUCCUUGCUAAUUUUGAUGACCAGAUUUUGACGUCGUUGCUACUAUUUGCCAUGAUAGGACUCUAUGAAUCCGGCGCCCGUGACUCCGCUUCCGAGCUCAGACACCGUUUUGUGGGCAUCGUAAUGGACAAUAGAGAUAAAGUUCCAGUGGAUCGCAAGAAGCUAAAUAUUGACUCGUUGCUGCUCUCUGGCAUGCGUUAUGCACUCCAGGGACCUAGCAAUUGGGAUUUCAUAACGGAAUUGGUCGAACUGACAAAGACCUUCCGCAGUUACGAUGGGCAAAUCAACAGCACGCUGCUUCACGCGCAGAUAGGAGCCCUGUUGACGCCGCUCGACGUACCGGAAGAGCUGCGCGCAAAAGUCUUCGAAUUCCUACAAGUUGUUGGUUUGGGCGGCGCCAUCACAAUCCGAGCGAUGGCGGGUUGCCAAGACAUUGAGGGCAUCGAUAGGUGCCUCAACAUUAUCCGGCGCAAGUGUUCCCAUGUGGAUUUCGUGUCUUUGACCGGUGGUGCAGUCGCUCGAAAGGAGCGCCACCAGCCGUCGUCAACGUGUAUAGUGACGCGUCAGCGUUCAGUCAAGGCUGUAGACCGCCUGGUGUCAUCGGAGACCCGAGCUACCUCGGCAGGGUCACCCGAGUCGCACCUGGACGUGUCGCCUAUUGUCGUUCGCACUUUCACCAAGUCAAAUGUGCGGGCAUUACCUCCCAGCGUGGGAUUAAUGCGACCACGCUCCACCACCAGCGCCAAGAUCGACAUAGACAAAGUCUCGCAGACCGUGGAGGUCGAACCGGAUGUAUUGACCGAGUCUCCGGAAUUUCACGCCUCCACGGCUACUCCGAUGACGGAACGGAGCUACGGGAUGAGGUCGACGCCCAGUUUCGGGCUGUUGUCGCCUUCCUCGUCGCUUCUAUCGCCACUCCUGUUUCCUUAA